AUGCGGUGGUCUCAACCAUUGCUAUGGCUCUGCGCGGCCUCAGUGGCGGUCGCUCGGUCAACUGAGGGUAUCGAAGAUCUCGUCAAGCGUCGGAUGCCCAACCAUGUUGACAGCUUUCAUUUCACGCUGGUGGAUGCCAAUACCACUACAAGUGCCAGCCACGACAGCUAUGUCGUGAGCAGUGCACCCGAUGGGAAAAUUCAGGUGCAGGGUAACUCACUCAGCGCGUUGUCGUCGGGGUUCGCAUCACCAAAUCCAGCGUUUGAGCAGUACUAA